GCAGCAGCAGCAGCAGCAGCAGCAGGCGAGCGGCCUAGCGUUUAUCCAUCAGAUACAAGAGCCGAGAGUCGUCCUGGCGCAUCGCAACGCUUCUGCCGCUGUCAGUUUCAAGCGAAACACGAACGCGUUUGGACGCAGGCCGGCGCACAAAAAAAAACAAAAUUUAUAGCGAAAAUAAUCUAAAAGCAAACAAUCAAACAUUUAAGUAGACAAACAGCCAGUGUUGUGCAGUGCAAGUGUUGCAAAACAACGCCAAGCUUCUGACAAUUAGAAAGUGCUAUAAAGAACAUAUACCAAGCGCAAAAGAUAACAAUCCUAAUAUAUAUAUAUAUAUACACUAUCAGAUUGUGAAAAUGGUUAUGUCGGAGCUACAUUGGCGAACAGCUAGUCCCGAGGAUAAUAACAAUUCCUUGAAGCAUGAUCUAUUGAAAGGCAACAACAACAGCGCUCGAGACGCUGCCGUGCACAUGAUGCAGAAUCGAUAUAUCAGCCGACUGUCGCGUUCGCCGUCGCCGCUGCAAUCGAACGCUUCGGAUUGCGAUGACAACAACUCGAGCGUGGGCACUUCCAGCGAUCGCUGUCGAUCGCCCCUGAGUCCGGCUCUGUCGCUGCAGCAGGCGAAGCGACAGCUGCUCGCGAUGCAGCCGCAUCCGGCGCACCACCACCAGCAUCACACGAAUCAUCACACGAAUCACCAUCACCAUCACCAUCAGCAGCAGCAGCAGCAGCAGCAGGUGUACAAGCUGGAGCAGCCGGACGAGGAUUACGAUGAUGCCAAUGGCGGCGCCCUCAAUCUGACCAGCGACAAUUCGCGACACAGCACUCAAUCGCCGGCGAAUUCGGUCAAGUCAACGGCUGCCACGCCUCCCAGUCAGUUGGCUGCCCCGCCGCCCAUUUCGCCCGUGCUGCCACCCAACGUGGGCACGCCCACCACAAUGGCAGCGGCGGCGGCGGCAGCGGCAGCUGUCGCCACGAGCGUGGCCAGCGGCAUGCAGCCGCUGCUCGCGCUGCCCGGGCUGUCCUCGCCGCAGGCGCAAUUCGCCGCGGCCGCCGGCCUCGGGCUGAAUAAUCCGCUGCUGGCGGGCUCCAUUUCGCCGCAGGACUUCGCCCAGUUCCAGCAGCUGCUGCAGCAGCGACAGGUGGCGCUGCAGCAGCAGUUCAACAGCUAUAUGGAGCUGUUGCGCAGCGGCUCGCUGGGCCUGCCGCAGGACGAUCCCGCGCUGGCGACACAGGUGGCCGCGGCCCAGUUCCUCAUGCAGAGCCAGAUGCAGGCGCUCGCUCAGGCCACGCAGCAGCUGCAGACGCUGCAGAAGCAGCAGGAAUCGCUCUCGCUCUGUAAAUCGCCGCUGCUGCAGCCGCGCAGCUCGACGCCGCAUGCACGCAGUCCGGCGCCGGUGCGCAGUCCGGCCAGCUCGCCGCAGUCGCAGCAGGCGUCGCAUCAUCCGCUGCAGAUAACGCCGCCCAAUUCGGCGGCCAGCCUCAAGCUGAGCGGCAUGCUCACGCCCAGCACGCCCACCAGCGGCACUCACAAUCACAAUCACAGCCAGACGCCGCAGCCGAAGACUGUGGCCAGCGCGGCGGCGGCGCGUGCCGCGGGCGAGCCCUCGCCGGAGGAGACCACCGAUCUGGAGGAGCUGGAGCAGUUCGCCAAGACGUUCAAGCAGCGUCGCAUCAAGCUCGGCUUCACCCAGGGCGAUGUCGGCCUAGCCAUGGGCAAGCUCUAUGGCAACGAUUUCUCCCAGACGACCAUCUCGCGCUUCGAGGCUCUCAAUCUCAGCUUCAAGAACAUGUGCAAGCUGAAGCCGCUGCUGCAAAAAUGGCUGGACGAUGCCGAUCGCACCAUUCAGGCCACCGGCGGCGUUUUCGAUCCGGCCGCGCUGCAGGCGACGGUCAGCACGCCAGAGAUCAUUGGAAGGCGGCGCAAGAAGCGCACCUCGAUUGAGACCACGAUUCGCGGUGCCCUGGAGAAGGCCUUCAUGGCCAACCAGAAGCCCACCUCCGAGGAGAUCAGCCAGCUGGCCGAUCGCCUCGGCAUGGAGAAGGAGGUGGUGCGCGUCUGGUUCUGCAAUCGCCGCCAGAAGGAGAAGCGCAUCAAUCCCUCGCUCGACAGCCCCACCGGCGCUGACGAUGACGAGUCGCCCUACAUGCUCCACUAGAGCUGGCGCAACUCUAAGAUUGGGACACAGACAGUGCAAUGUGCGCAGACCAUAAAAAAACAAAGCGCACAGCUUAACUAACUAGAAGCAGGUUUAAAGUCGCAAAACACAUUAAAUAUUAGCAUAAAUUUUAACUAUGAUUCGGUUUCAAGAACCAAUCACACACACGCACACACACGCACACCCACACACAUACACACGCAUGU